GGGUGUUCCAGGAGUUGAGAAACCAGGAGUGUCACUUCAUCAACGGCACCGAGCAGGUGAGGUUUGUGGAGAGGAAAAUCUACAACCGGCAGCAGUACGUGCACUUCGACAGCGAUGUGGGGGUCUUUGUAGGGGACACCCCGUUUGGGGAGGUCCAGGCCAGGCACUGGAACAGCCAACAGGACGUGUCCACCCCGUUCCUUGUGAACCGCAGAGUACCCCCCAGCAUGUCCAUCUCGCUGGUGAGGUGGUUCCAGGAUGGGCAGGAGCUGCCGGAGCACGUGGUGGCCACCGACGUGGUCCCCAACGGGGACUGGACCUACCAGGUGCUGGUGAUGCUGGAAAUCCCCCCCCGGCGCGGGGUCACCUACACCUGCCAGGUGGAGCACAUCAGCCUGGAGCACCCCCUCAGCCGGCACUGGGAGAUGCCACAGGACACCGUGCACAGCAAGAUCCUGGUGGGGGUCGGGGGCUUCGUGUUGGGUUUCGUCUUCCUGGUGGUGGGGCUUGGCUUCUACCUGCGGGAGAAGAGCUCCUGA